AUGACUCGUCUGGAGGCACUGGUUGAUCGAAUGGAUGUGUACUUAAGUCUAAGAUUCUGCUUCGUGCUGCAGAUUAUAUUGAUAUUGGCGUGGGUAGAGGCCCACAAUGCAGGUCUCCACGAACACCAACUUCAGGGAGGCUUGGAGAGGAAUACUGAGAGCAUUGCCUCACACUCUUGCAUACAUGACCAAAUUCUUGAACAAAGGAAGCGUCCUGGUCGCAAGGUGUAUUCAGUUACCCCACAGUUUUAUGAGCCUGGUCGCUUGAAACACCUUCAGCAUAAAGGUAGGGCAUUACUUCAUGUGUCAACGCAAUCAAGUUCUCAAGAGGAUGCAAAGAGGCCUAUUAGGAUAUAUCUAAAUUAUGAUGCUGUUGGCCACUCUUCUGACAGGGAUUGUCGAGCACUUGGUGACAUUGUCAAACUUGGGGAGCCUCCCAUGACUUCUCCUCCUGGUUUUCCCUCUUGCGAUCCCCAUGGUAAUCCUCCAAUAUUUGGUGAUUGUUGGUAUAACUGCACUUCUGAAGAUAUCUCAGGGGAGGACAAAAAACAUCGCCUUCGUAAGGCCUUAGGUCAGACGGCUGACUGGUUUAGGAGAGCAUUGGCAGUUGAACCUGUCAAGGGGAACUUGCGGUUAAGUGGGUAUUCUGCAUGUGGACAAGAUGGGGGUGUGCAGCUUCCGCGUGGAUAUAUUGAGGAGGGUGUCUCUGAUGCCGACCUGGUUCUUUUGGUGACUACAAGACCUACAACUGGAAAUACACUUGCCUGGGCAGUGGCAUGCGAGCGAGAUCAGUGGGGGCGUGCUAUAGCUGGACAUGUUAAUGUUGCGCCCCGCCAUUUGACUGCUGAGGCAGAGACUUUACUUUCAGCUACUCUUAUACACGAGGUUAUGCAUGUUCUUGGUUUUGAUCCACAUGCCUUUUCUCAUUUUAGAGAUGAAAGGAAAAGACGGCGUGAUCAGGUUACGGAACAAGUUAUGGAUGAAAAGCUUGGACGGAUGGUAACACGAGUGGUGCUUCCUCGUGUUGUCAUGCAUUCUCGAUAUCAUUAUGCGGCGUUCUCAGGAAAUUUUUCUGGUUUAGAGCUGGAAGAUGGUGGAGGACGUGGCACAUCAGGGUCUCACUGGGAGAAAAGGCUUCUGAUGAAUGAGAUUAUGACUGGUUCUGUGGAUACAAGAUCUGUUGUUUCAAAAAUGACAUUAGCUCUUCUAGAAGAUAGUGGAUGGUACAAGGCCAAUUAUAGUAUGGCAGACCGUCUUGAGUGGGGUCGCAACCAAGGUACUGAGUUUGUUACCUCCCCGUGCAAUCUUUGGAAGGGAGCCUAUCGUUGCAACACGACACAGUUUUCUGGCUGUACAUAUAACAGGGAGGCAGAGGGAUACUGCCCCAUCCUAACUUAUAGUGGAGACCUCCCACAGUGGGCUCGGUAUUUUCCGCAAGCUAAUAAGGGUGGACAAUCCUCAUUAGCUGAUUAUUGUACUUAUUUUGUUGCUUACUCUGAUGGAUCAUGUACAGACACUAACAGUGCACGAGCACCUGAUAGAAUGCUAGGUGAAGUCAGAGGAAGUAACUCUAGGUGUAUGGCUUCAUCACUAGUACGGACAGGCUUUGUACGAGGUUCAAUGACCCAGGGAAAUGGUUGUUAUCAGCACAGGUGUAUCAACAAUUCUUUAGAGGUUGCUGUGGAUGGUAUCUGGAAAGUGUGUCCUCAAGCUGGUGGACCCAUUCAGUUCCUUGGCUUUAACGGUGAAUUAGUCUGCCCAGCCUACCAUGAACUCUGUAACACUGACCCGAUAGCUGUGUCUGGUCACUGCCCUAAUUCAUGUAAUUCCAAUGGAGAUUGUGUUGAUGGAAAAUGCCGAUGCUUUCUUGGAUUUCACGGGAAUGAUUGCAGUAGACGUUCCUGCCCCAGCAAAUGCAAUGGCAAUGGAAUGUGCCUUUCCAAUGGGAUUUGUGAAUGUAAACCUGGCUAUACCGGCAUUGAUUGCUCCACUGCUGUGUGUGACGAGCAAUGCAGCCUUCAUGGUGGGGUUUGUGAUAAUGGGGUUUGUGAAUUUCGCUGUUCUGACUAUGCGGGAUAUACAUGCCAGAACAGCUCUAUGCUCCUCUCUAGUCUUUCGGUGUGUAAAAAUGUGCUGGGAAAUGAUGUUUCUGGACAGCAUUGUGCGCCCAGUGAGCCUAGCAUACUUCAACAGCUGGAAGAAGUAGUUGUUAUACCCAACUACCAUCGAUUAUUCCCUGGUGGUGCUAGGAAAUUAUUUAACAUAUUUGGCAGCACCUACUGUGAUGAGACUGCUAAACGUCUUGCCUGCUGGAUUUCAAUCCAGAAGUGUGACAAAGAUGGAGAUAACAGGCUUCGGGUAUGCCAUUCUGCAUGUCAGUCUUAUAAUCUAGCAUGUGGAGCUUCGCUUGACUGCUCUGAUCAGACCCUUUUCAGCAGUGACGGGGAAGGGGAGGGUCAGUGCACUGGCUCUGGUGAGAUGAAAUUGUCAUGGUUUAAUCGUCUACGAAGCACUUUUUCUUUGAGAAAUAGAUCCUUGAAAGGAAUAUCUGCUAAAUUGGAUGAGGUUGCAGAUUUGGCUUUCAAAGAGGAGAGCCUUUUGUAG